CACCACGUCACUGUAAUUUAAACCAGGAAGAUCAACACAGGGCGACAGUUGUUGUUGCUUAUUGUUUUCAUUGCAGCACCUCAUAUCUGCAUUUCAUAACUCACAAUUAUUUCACUUGUCUAUGAAUAUUUAUUAGUUCAUGUUACCAUCUUUCCCAACAGGAUCCUUGCUUCAUUUUGAUGCAUGACAACAAAAAGGCUGGCAGCAUCGGAGCCUUACUUAUCAGCAUUGUGGCGCGCACACACACAGCGGGGAUGAUCGUCUGGGCAGAUGGUGCUCAGUUUGAGGACUAGAAGCUGAGACGGAAGGAGAGGGACACACUCCUCGUCCAACAUGGGAUGCUGCAGUGUGACCCAGAGCCAUACAGGGGUGGACGAGGUGGGCCCCGACGAGAUCGAGCUCCUGGAACUCUCCGGAGACAAUUUAGGGGUGUGGAGUCUGGGAGAGACCAGACUUCAGCUGUCAGUGAGGACCAGCAGAGAUGAGCCUCCCCCGGCACCGCCGCGCUGCCCUUCAAUACGCCACCUGGAACAACAGGGGGUACUGUGGGGCAGAAGCAGAGACGAGUUGCACCACAGGAUCUACUCCCAUCAGCCAAUCAGGGAGUGGGAGGGUCAACCUGCACACAUGUAUGGCGAGAUCAUCCACUCCUCCCUGGUGUCUCUCUACAACACUUACACACAGGAAACCAGGGAACACUUCCUGGUGUUAUUCUAUUUCCACCUCUUGAUCCUUUCACUGGACCACCCUCGACAAGACUUUGUUUACGAGGGUAUCCUUCCCCUUUCUGGCCUUUCCUUGGAAGCGGUAAAAACGGCACAUUCACCACACAUGUUCGAGAUCAGCGGUCCAAUGAUGGACGCCAAAGUCUUCAUAUGCUCCAAUUCUGUAGAGCUACAGAAAUGGAUGCAACACAUAGAAGACAGGAGAUACAAGUCAAUGGCACAACCCAUGAGUCCCUCCCACUGCGCUCUCUCCCAUCUUUUACCCUGUGAUGAGCACUGGAAAAGAGAAGAACUGAAUAAGUACUUACUACAAGCUCCCAUAUGGCAGUGGGAGGGCUCGCCGAUACAGCACAUGGGUCAGCCGGGGUACAUAUCUAUCGUACAUAUCACCAAGACACAAAGACAGGGACCACAAGAAAGAUUGAUGGUUCUUUUCCCUCAAGACAUCCUGCUGCUGUCAGUUGACAACAAGCGCCUAAAUAUAAGAUAUGAGGGCCGGCUGCCCCGGUACAGCAUUAAGGCAGUCGAGAGGUCCGCCUUGCCUGGACGGCUGGAGUUUGAGCUCAUAGGUGAGCUGGUGGAGCCCCUGCAGGUCGCCUGUACCUGUGUGGAGGAUUAUCGGAAUUGGAUGUUUCAAUUACAACAGCCAGACAGAAACAGUCAUGUUGCUGUGAGUCACACUGCACCUCCAAUCAUGCCAAAGCUGCAGAGGAGCAGGAAGGAGUCCCAGGAACCGAUGAUAGCCGCCGACCACUGCGACAUCAACGGCCGCAGCUGACUCACCUGGAUGUGGAAAAGCUUUUAUUAUGAAAGAGACACUUUUAGUUCCCUUCCACGUGGAGUCAAACAUCAGGGUGGUGACUAAUUCAAGCGCUGUGUACUCUGUAGAGCGUUAGUUAAUCGAGAAAAUAGUACCGAAGCAACUGUACAUAUUUAGCUUCCAUGUCUUUACUAUAAAUUACAUAAUGUUGGACCCUUUCUACAAUAAACUUUCAACAAAC